AUGGACAAAGAAGAUUGGUCAUAUAAUAUACUAAAUAAACUAAAGAUAAGAGAUGAUAUAGAAAAGAAAGAUUCUGCAUACUUUAUAGCAUACCAACAAUUAAUUCAAAAACUAGAUUACCUAAAGCAACAGAAUGAUCAUAAUAGUUCAUAUUCAUCAAAAUCCCCAUCACCAGCUGCUUUACUAAAUAUUGAACCUCAAAACCAACCACCGUCAUCUUCAUCAUCUUCAGAUAGAGAUUUAGACUUCAUAAUCAAAGAAAAUCAGCAAUUAAGGAAUGAAAAUCAUGAUUUGAUUACAAACUUAAACUCAAUCACUCUAAAAAAUGAAAAGUUAGAAUCAAUCAUCAAAGAGAAAGAUGUAAGUAACAAAAAAUUGGAGAAGAUGAAUACAAAUUUGACCAAAAAAAUUGAAAAUUUAUUGAUGGAACUUAAAGAGAAAAACAAAACAAUUGAGUUAAUAAAUGACGAGAAUUUAACUAAUCAAAUACAAUUGAAUGUGCUAUUGAACCAAAAGAAGGGUGACUAA